CCCUCGGGCCGGGCCCCGGGCGCCGCCGCCUCACCGCGUCCCCGGUGUGGGGGGCGGUUGUCUGGGACCGCGGCGGUCUCCGCAGGGAGGGGAGCCGAGGCUCCCCUAGAGCUGUCCGACCGCCGAGCAGCUGUAACGCUGCGCUGGACCGGAUUUUUAAAAGAUUUAUUCACGGAUCGCAGGCUGAGGGAAUCGUCUGGAACCGGCCCGAGCGGCUGCCGGGGCGCCCUCCCUUCCCCAGCCUAGCUCUCCUCGUUAUUCCUGUUUGCGGUUCUCUCAAAGCACGUAAGAAAGUACAAUGGGAGUUCAAGGACUUUGGAAACUGCUUGAAAGCGCCGGGAGACCUAUAAACCCAGAAAUACUAGAAGGAAAAAUUCUUGCUGUUGAUAUCAGUAUUUGGUUGAACCAAGCAAUAAAGGGAGCCAGAGAUCAUGGUGGUAACUCCAUACAAAAUGCUCACCUCCUCACUCUGUUUCAUCGACUCUGCAAGUUGCUGUUUUUCCGAAUUCGGCCUGUCUUUGUUUUUGAUGGAGAGGCGCCACUUCUGAAGCGACAGACCUUGGCUAAGCGAAGACACAGAAAGGAAGUUGCCAUCAGCGAUUCCAGGAAAACUACAGAGAAACUCUUGAAAACAUUUUUGAAGAGACAAGUUAUCAAAACUGCGCUUACAGGCAAAAGGAGUGAAGCUUUGCCCACUAUUAAGCAAGUUCGAAGAGAAAAAAUUGAUGAUAUGUAUGUAUUGCCUUCUUUAGAAGAUGAAGAGAAGAACAGCUUGGAGGAGGAAGAUGAAAAAGAAUGGGAAGUGAGAAUGAGCCAAAAAAUGAUGUUGCAGGAGGUGUUAUGUGAAAAUCCUCAUUCUGUAGAUAUUGAAUCAGAAGAUUUCAACAAGCUGCCUCCAGAAAUAAAACACGAGAUCUUAAAUGAUAUGAAAGAGUUUACAAAGCGAAAAAGAACAUUAUUUGAAGCGAUGCCAGAGGAGUCCAAUGACUUUUCCCAGUACCAGCUUAGGGGUUUGCUUAAGAAAAGCAACCUCAAUCGAUGCAUAGAAAAUGUACAAAAAGAAUUGAAUCAACAGCAGUCGGGUGAAAUUCAAACACAAUAUGAAAAUGAAGGUGGUUUUGUGAAAGAAGUGGAAUCUAGGAGAGUAGUCUCUGAAGAUUCUUCUCACUAUAUCCUAAUACAGGGUAUUCAAGCAAAGGAAGCUACAAGGAGUGACCUGGAAACUACUGCAGGAUCCUCAUCAAAAAUGCUUGAAUUUAUUAAAUCAAAUAAAAUCAAUGAAUCUCCUGCUAAUGUAAAGCUUGUCGCCUCUAACAAGUUGCAGACAGAGAAAGAUAACAACGUGGUGACAGCGCCACCCUCUCCUCGGACUUUGCUUGCUAUCCAGGCGGCUAUGAUAGACAGCAGCUCAGAUGAAGAACUGGUGGAUGAAGGCACAGGGCGAUUGAAUGUGGACCAGUCUGCAACAGAGGAGGGCAGUGUGUCUCCAAGAACACUGCAGGCAAUUCGGCAAGCUCUCAGUGAUGAUGGUAAAAGGGAGGAAGUUGUUACUGUUAGAACUGAUGGAGUGCUACCAGAAAGAUCAGAAGUGAAGGAUUUUCUGCUGAGUAGCUCAGAUGAGGAAGAUCAGCUUUCUGAAGUUAAGGAAAGAAAAAAAAUAGCUACAUCUACAAUUCAUUCGUCAAACCAGGUGAUUAUGCAAGAUGUUCAAUUUGAGCAAAAGUGUCAGGAGUUGGAAGAAAAUUGUAUUACACCCAAGGAUACCAGUAUACACAGAGCUGAAAGUUAUUCUUGUAUUGACAAUACUAGAAAGGGCAAAGAAGAUGUAGACCAAGAAGAAAAUGGUUCUAAAAUGAACUUAAAUUCUUCGGGAGAUAAGGAUAUAAACUUGUGCACACAGAAGCCAACAUGUUCCCCUGUGCAUACUAGUGAAGUGGCUUUGAUUCAUGCUGCAACAAUAGACCUUUCUAAAAAUGAGGAAAAUUUGAAAAUUUCUGAAAAUAUAGAGGAAGCGACUUCGCAGACAGAAGAGAAUUUAUCUGAAGUACAAAUGGAUAUUAGACUUUUUCCAGAAGCUAAAGGUCCUGAGGAAGAAAGAGAAGGAAUGUCACAGUCUGAAGACAGUGAUUCUGAUGCAGGAAGCUUUAUUGAAGUGGAUACUGAAAUCAAUAAUGAGACUGAGUUUCCUGCUAUAUAUGCUGAAAAACUGUGUGAUGAAACAGCAAUUCCAGAAGUGGAGACAGACAAACAUGAUAUUGUCACACAGGACUUGCUGAAGGAGUCUGAUGAAGCUCAGUUGACAAAUGAUCAGAAUGUGGAAGGAGAAAAUUACGGUGAAGAUGCAGCUGAUGAGUGGCAAGACAUCAAUUUGGAAGAACUAGAAGAACUAGAAAAUGACCUUUCUGCUGAACAGAAUAUGCUUCAGGCCCAAAAACAGCAGCAGGAACGUGUUGCUGCUUCUGUAACAGGACAGAUGUUCUUGGAAAGCCAGGAGCUACUCCGUCUGUUUGGCAUUCCAUACGUUGAAGCUCCGAUGGAGGCAGAGGCACAGUGUGCUCUAUUGGACCUUACUGAUCAGACCUCUGGGACAAUCACCGAUGAUAGUGAUGUUUGGUUAUUUGGCGCACGACAUGUUUAUAAAAAUUUCUUCAGUCAAAACAAAUACGUGGAAUAUUAUCAGUAUGUUGAUUUUCAAAACCAGCUGGGGUUGGACCGGAGCAAGCUAAUCAAUUUGGCAUACUUGCUUGGAAGUGACUACACUGAGGGCAUCCCCAAUGUUGGCUUUGUGACAGCGAUGGAGAUUUUAAAUGAAUUUCCUGGGCAUGGCGUGGAACCUCUCUUAAAAUUUGCUGAGUGGUGGAAUGAGGCUCAGAAGAAUAAGAAAUUGAGACCUAAUCCACGUGAUACCAAAGUCAAGAAGAAACUGCGGGAGCUGCAGCUUUCUUCAGGUUUCCCAAAUCCAGCAGUGGCAGAAGCAUACCUGAAGCCUGUGGUGGAUGAGACGAGGGGUUCCUUCACCUGGGGGAAGCCUGACGUGGAGCAGAUCAGAGAGUUCUGUCAGAAUCACUUUGGCUGGACUAGGACAAAGAUAGAUGAAAUCCUUUUGCCUGUGAUGAAACAGCUGAACUUGCAGCAGACUCAGCUUCGAAUUGAUUCAUUCUUCAGGCUAGCACAGUAUGAAAACCAAGCUAUUAAAAGUCAGAGACUGCGCAGAGCUGUGACUUGUCUGAAGAGAAAGGAAAAAGAAGCAGCCAAUGAAAUUCAGGAGGCCGCUGCUGUUACAGAGGUUGAACUUAAACAGCGGGAGGAAAGGAAAGGGGAAGGUACUGCAGGCUGCGGAAAUCAUCAGGCUGUGGCAACAGAAGGCCAAAGUAGAAAGAGAAGAAAACAUUCAGAUUCCAGAAAAGAACAUUUAUAUGGAGGUGGUUUUGUGGGGGGUUUGCAUCUUUCAGAAACUUCUAGUGACUCCUCAGUAGAGGAACUGGAAAGCAGAGAUUUAGGCAAGAGCAAAAAGAAAAAUGUCUCUGCAGUUGAGACAGCAGACCAUAAGGGGAAAAAGGGAUGCAGUAGCUCAAGUGAUGAGGAUGAAGAACUGGGAAAUGUGGUCAUGGUGACUGCCAAACCUGUGUUUGAGGGCAGAAAAAAGAAAUCGCGGAGAGGAAGAAAAAAGAAAAAGUCUUAAAAGAAUUAAAAAUAAAAGGGGGGGGGUUGGGAAAGAAAGAAGUCUUAAAAAAGACUCUGUACGUGUGCUUUAUAUGACUUAAGCUUUGUAAAUAUUCUAAUGAAUUUUAAAAUAAAUAAAAAAUAAAUUAUCCCUA